UGAUAAAAUUUAAUUUUUCUUACUUAUUUAAGUUUCUUUUUAUAUCCCUUUUACGAAAACUCUGAACAAUUUACGCAAAUUCUUCAUUUUUUUUGCACACUAGGAGGAAUACUCCCGCCAUAAAUUCUGUCAUGUCCAUAACCUCACUCCGCCCAGAAAUUACAAAACAAAUCGCGAAUUUCUUCCAGCCAUUAUUUUUUAUUGCUUUUCUCCGCAUUUUAUUCAGUUUCUUGCAUGCCGUGAGAGCGAUUUGUAGAGAUGAAGUAGUGCUCUUGCAACGUGUGAUGAGAUCGUGCGAAUUUGCAGUGAGUGAAAGUACUUAAGAUUGGGAGAAAGUUUCUCCACUGAAGCAGAAAAAAAUCUUCAAAGUGAUUUGUCCAAGGAGAUUCUAUCGCUCUCGAUUGCUAAAGAUAGUGUCCAGAACGUGCCCGAUAGCAAGUAGCAAUGGCAUACUUGCGGGAGUCACUGGAGAAGGGAAGUACAGUGCGUGGAGUGAAUCAGAAGGUGCCGGACAAGAUGGAGAAUAAAGUGAGCAAAGAGUCCAUUCCGGAAGUAGCGGCAACCCACAAAACCGUCUACGUGGUGUUCUUUUCGCUGCUGCUGGAUCUCCUGGCCUUCACGAUGAUCCUGCCACUCUUGCCAUCCCUCCUGGACUACUACAGACAGCACGAUACCCAGGGACUCUAUCACAGACUCUCACAGAGCAUCAAGUUCUUCCAGGAGACAGUGGGGGCUCCUGAGAAGUACAAUUCUGUGCUGUUUGGGGGCUUCCUGGGAUCCAUGUUCAGCUUUUUGCAAUUUGUAGCGAGUCCCAUUGUAGGGGCAUUUUCAGACGUUUACGGCAGGAAGAGGGUCAUGAUGAUUUGCAUGUGCGGGAUUACUCUCUCUUAUCUUCUUUGGGCUGUGUCGAGCAAUUUUGCCAUCUUUGUGAUUGCUCGUUUCGUGGGUGGCUUGAGCAAGGGAAAUAUUUCCCUGGCCAUGGCCAUUAUCACGGAUGUGUCCAACAGCAAGAGUCGUGGCAAAGGAAUGGCUCUUGUUGGCAUUGCUUUCUCGUUGGGCUUCAUUGUGGGCCCGAUGAUUGGGGCCAUUUUCUCAAAAUACUCAGAUAAGAGCAGUCCGGAUUGGUUCUGGCUUCCUGCUACUUUUGCCAUGUGUCUAGCACUUGCGGACAUUCUCUUCUUGGGAGUCUUCCUGCAGGAGACUCUGCCAAAAAAAAAGCGCGCCAAGAAAGUUCUCAUUUCUCUAUCGAGAGCCCUUGAGUACAUUAAUCCAACGUCACUCUUUAAAUUUGAUGCUGUGAAGAAUCUCUCGACGAAAGAUCUCGAGUCCCUCAAGAGACUGGGCUUCAUCUACUUUGUCUACCUAUUUAUCUACUCAGGACUGGAGUUUACAGUGACUUUUCUUAUGUAUCACAAAUUCGGUUUUACGUCCAUCGAUCAAGCUAAAGUAUUCCUGACCACGGGAAUUGUAAUGGCAUUGCUUCAGGGAUCCGUUGUCCGGCGACUUCCGGAGAGACUGACUAAGAAAUCGGCUGUUCUGGGACUCUACCUCAUCGUUCCAUCAUUCAUUGUUGUCGGCCUGGCUCAGACAGCUUCGACUCUCUACCUCGGGAUGAUUCUCUUUGCAAUCUCCACUGCAUUUGUAGUAACCUGCAUGACAACACUUACAUCGAAAUACGGAAACUUCGACCAGAAAGGAACGGUUUUGGGAAUCUUCAGAUCACUGGGAGCUCUGGCAAGAGCAUUGGGACCAAUCGUUGCUUCCAUGGCAUUUUGGAGCAUAGGCUCAUCAUUUACGUACAUAAUUGGCGGCAUUUGUCUGCUGUAUCCAUCACUUUUACUCCAAUUCACAGUAUUGUCCUAGUAUUACAACAAAUACUCUCUCCAACUUAAGAAAUGAAUUUGGUAUAUA